UGUUCAGCGAGGAAGCAGCUGUGCUUACAAUGGCGGGGAGUGCCUAUGUAUUCGCCGUGUUGCUGCUCACUAAUCUCCUCUCCAGUUGGGAAGCUUUCGCAGAUCAGCCGCACUCAGCAGAGUCAUUGGAGCAAGUACAUGUACUACAUCAUGCGCCACCUCCAAGGUCGCUCUACAGAGCGAGUGGCAGUGAGAGGCGGUAUGGUCGAGCACCGGGCGACACUCGUCCAAAUUUCGUCAUAUUCUUCCCUGACGAAACACGAGCGGAGAGCAUUGGGGCAUACGGUCAUCCGUUCGUGCGGACACCAAACCUCGACUCGCUGGCACAGCAGGGCACACUGUUCAAGCAGGCCCACGUCCUACACACCCAGUGUGCACCAAGUCGCUGUGCCAUCAUCACGGGUAGAUACAUGCAUGUGCUUGGACAUCGCACCCAGAACCACCUUGUCCAGGACUACGAGCCCAAUUAUUUCCGCUUACUAAAGGACAGUGGCUACCAUGUGCUGUGGCAUGGCAAGAAUGACAUGUUCUCCCAGACUGCUUUCAACCUAUCCGUUUCUGACUGGGAUGGUACAAUUGGCGUACCGGCUGGCCAGAAUGCAUUCAAGUUUGGAGAACCUGGCUACUACUCCUUCAAGUUCAAUGGCUCUAUUGAGGAACCCAACAGCACGGACAUUGGUGACUACAAUGCUGUUGUGAAAACACUGGAUUUCAUCAACAACAAGCCACCGGAACCGUUCAUCGUCUUUCUGCCUGGUAUUGGAUCACAUCCACCUUACGGUGCGCCGAAAGGUUUCCAUGACAUGUACUCAGCGGAGCAAGUUCACAGCCAGGCUCCUUUGCGUCCGCCCAACCAGCCAAACAAGCCCAAAUACCACACUGGCAUUAUCAAGUACCGGGAGUUGGAAUCCUUUAACCAGACAUUCUUUGAAGAGAUCAAUGCAAUCUACCUUGGUCAAGUCAGCUACGUUGACUGGGUUCUGGGUCAGCUUGUUCAGGGCAUAGACAAAUCCCCGUUGGCAGACAGCACAUCGAUAUUUGUGUCAUCGGAUCACGGGGACUUCUCUGGAGAUUAUAACCUAGUGGAGAAGUGGCCUGGUGCAAUGGACGACAUUCUGACAAGAGUACCGAUGAUUGUUCGCAUUCCUGGAGGCAAGGCCGGCCAGGUCAUUGAGCAGCCCAUCAAUUCCUUUGACAUGAUGGAGACCAUUGCGGAUAUGGCCAACGUCAAUGUGUCUCACAUACGCUUUGCCAAGAGCUUCUUGGCUCAACUUCACGGAUCACCGGGAGAUUCCAACAGGACAGUGUACAGCGAAGGGGGAUUCCUGUACCAUCGUGAGAUCGAGACGUUCGACCCAGAACAUGAUGCUACCAAAGACCCGCACAACUUGUACUACCCCCGCAGAGGAGAAGAAGCCAACGAGGGAGUUCCUCGGGCAGUGAUGGCCAAGAACAUGGACUAUAAGCUGGUGUUCAGAGCUGACGGGGUGUCCGAGUUCUACGCUCUCAAGGAGGACCCACGGGAGCUCACAAAUAUGUAUGACAAUGUGAAAUAUCAGGAGGUUCGUGAUACUAUGCUCAUGGAUCUUCUGGACUGGUUUGUGAAAACAGGCGACGUUACACCUCUUGCUGAAGACCCACGAGGUGCUCCGAAACCUCCGCACUGAUGCCGAGCAAACUAUGCUAAUAAUUGCCCCGUGGUCACGGUCUGUGGAGUACUGAAGUACAACGUAACAAAAAAAAUCAUCAACAAAGAAAUAAUAAUUAUUGUCUGGGAAUCUAUUUAUUUACAUGUAAACAAUACACCCAGAAGUCAGAACCAUGUGUUGCAGAACAUCCAUUCUGGUUCAGGAUGUAGUUGAAGCAUUACUACACGGCUCUGCCCCUGGGUGUUCGGCACUGUUUGAGCAGCUGUGCCGUUUCCAAGAUUCUUUUAGAAGAAGAGUGAUUCGGUUUUUACGAUGUGGUUCUCACGCUCACUGAGGAUCACCAUCAUGCCCCAACAAGUGUUUUAAAGCAUGUCUCCAAGUGCCGACAUGAGAACAAUGAUAAUUGUGAUACCAUGGCGACUCAGGUCCUAAUUAAACACGAUUAACUAGCCGAAUGGCCAAUCAAAUCUACCAUCUACCGCAUGCAGCCUCAGUCCUGACAGUGCCACCAGGAAGUCACACUGUGACCCUACAAUACCCAGGCACCGCAAUGGAACCCCCACAAAGUCCUGCAACUGACACAGUCCCACAAAGCACGUGCAUACACGAGUCAUUACACGUACACACAGUGGGGAGAGAGGAAAUUAUAGAUACAACUUACUCAGCGUUUCACCCUCGACUAUAUGCUGUGUCCUAACGCUGGAUCAUUUGCAUUACCAGUGAAAACAGGUC